UACGAUCUGGAAUAUCGAUAAUUUCCAGACAACUGCACAUCCCUAACUAACGAAUUAAUCUGGAACAGCUCGGAGGCCGGGCCAAAGUUGAUUGUGGCGCCCUCGCCCUCAUAGGGCCACCACUAUUUCUCUUUGUGGCCACGUGCCCUGGGAGCACAACCUCUAUCUAGUCCUCUCUCUUCGACCAACCUCCCAGUGAAAAAAAAAACCAAUCCCUCGAAAGUGACGCGAAUGUCGUCGAUAUCAGUUGGCAGUCGAUAGCCGACGUGCAUGGAGAAGGCACGUCAGACUCUUAUCAAUAUCCCCACCGACAGUCCACCAAACCCACACCUAAAACUGCAACCGAAGGGGGGUACCCACUGGAUGCAUCAUACUCACCCACUUCCCAGGCCGGCUGUCACAUGCAAGACAAUUCGACGCCGAAUAAGAUCCUCCGCUACAAUAGCCUUGUCAUUUCCCAGUGGAACAAUAACUGAUUAAUUAUUCACAAAAAGUUUGUUGUAACGAAGUGCUGAGUAACCUACAACUCAUUUUCAUCCAUCAAUAUCGUCCAUCGAGUGUAAAGUUUUCCCUGAAAAAAAAUCCUCAUAAAUUAUCGCGAGUGGUUGACCACCUGGACAUGCAACAAAAAAUAUUAUCCUGAGAUUUUUUUUCUCCUCCGAGUGUUCCCCCCGAGAAUCUCAAAAAUGCAGAGGGACACGGCCGGUGAGUUUUGACGCCAAACGCACGCCAGAUGCAGUAAAACGCCCGAGAGAUCCUGAAAUCAUCGUCCGGAUGAUUUCCCCCACAUUUGCUCCCUCGAUAUUUCAUCCCGUUUACUCGAGAUUCAUCGACACAUCACACGACAUUCCAAAAACGCAUCAGGGAUGACGACGAGACCCCAGUGUCCAACAGUGAGAUUGAAGACCUCCCAAACAACAACAGAAUCAUUUAGACUGACAAAUAAACGAAAAAAGUGCAAUAAAAUAAUGGACAGGACGCAGUAAACUCCAGACAUCAUUAGGGGAGGAAGAAAGGGCAAAAAUUAAAAUCACCAGUCUCGAAAAACAGAAGAUGAGCCCUGCGGUAUACACCCUAUACGGGUUCGCAGUGUUCUUCAUGAUCUUCUGGGUGUGCCUCUGGAUUGUUCACAUACUGGCACUCAUAUGCGGCCGCUGGAAAUUACAUCGUAAACCAACACAGGUGCCAAAUAUUUACGAGGUACCAUUGCCUGGUGUAUCAAUACUCAAACCACUGAUGGGCAUUGAUCCAAAUUUAUUCAACAAUUUGGAGACAUUCUUUACACUUGACUAUCCAACAUACGAGAUUCUCUUCUGCGUUGAGGACGAAUCAGAUCCUGUACUGAUGCUUGUACGUAAAUUAAUGGAUAACUACACAAAUGUUGAAACGAGACUGUUCAUAGGUGGUUGCCGUGUUGGUGUAAAUCCAAAGAUAAAUAAUAUGCAUCCAGCUUACGAGGCUGCCAAAUACGAGUUAAUACUCAUUAGUGAUAGUGGAAUUAGGAUGAAAGAGGAUACACUGUUGGACAUGGUGAGCUACAUGACUGAUAGAGUUGGUCUUGUUCAUCAAUUGCCAUUUACGUGCGACAGAAGUGGUUUUGCUGCGGCCUAUGAGAAAAUUUAUUUUGGUACUGUACAAUCGAGAAUGUAUCUGGCUGCUGAUGUACUCAGAAUAAAUUGUCAUACAGGAAUGUCAGCAUUAAUACGUAAGGCACCACUUGAUGAGGUUGGUGGAUUAAAGACAUUUGGUGUUUAUCUUGCUGAAGACUUUUUUUAUGCUAAAUCAUUGACUGAUCGUGGCUGGCACAUGGCUGUGUGCUCACAACCUGCAUUGCAAAAUAGUGGACACUGUGAAAUGAACACAUUUCAAGCGAGAUUGAGACGAUGGGCUAAGCUCAGAGUUGCUAUGCUUCCAACAACAAUUUUACUGGAACCAUUGAGUGAGUGUCUUGUACUUGGUGCUUGUGCAUCAUGGUCAGCUGCGUUAUUAUUCGAAUGGGAUUCACUUGUUUUUUAUCUUGUUCAUAUACUCAUGUGGUUCAUGCUUGAUUGGACGAUGCUGUGCAUUGUACAGAAUAGUCCAUUACCGCUUAAUAAGUUGGAGUUUAUGUGCGGAUGGAUUCUCAGUGAAAUGACGAGACCUUAUUUGUUUAUACAGGCUGUGCUCGAUCCUCUUAUACAGUGGCGGUCUAGGGUUUAUAAGCUUAAGUGGGGAGGACUUGCUGAGGAAGUUAAGGCUAAGGUUAAAUAUUAAUUUUGGGUACGGUGGAGGGAGGAGGAUUUUUAAUUGAUGUGGUAAUUUAUUUUCACGGACUCCUCCUGGUUGUUCCUGCGAACGAAAUUGGACUUUGCUAAAUUCAUUUAUUGAUAGAAAAUAUGAGGAAAUUUUUGGGAUUAUGGGGGAAUUCAUUUUUCAUUUGGACACCAACUCUGUUCAGUGAAAUGUUCUUUGGAAAUAAUUACCACAUGGAAUAUGUGAAUUUAUUUUGUGGGAAAAACGAUGAUUUUUGGAGAUUUUAUUGAAAAAUUCUACGGAUUUUCUGCGGCCCUCAAUUUGAUGACAUUUGAAUUGGAAAAUAUUUCAGAUAAUUUUUAUUGAUUUUUGGAUGUUCAGGACGAAGAGUUCUGUUGAAAUAUUUGCUAUAGAAAUUCUUCGACUGUAAUUUUUACCUUUUUAUCGGAUAAUUGUAGUGAAAAGGGGGCAGACGAGCUGAGGGCACUUUUAUACAGCAUAACUUCAUCCUAGAAUAAUAAUAACAAUACUAAUUUUCAUGAUAGCAUCACAAUUAAAUUUUUUAUCUGGAACAUCUUGCCUGUUGAUGAUUUCGAGUAAUAAAAACCUUUGAAUUCUGAAUAGAAAUCUAGUUUCUUCGUGCGUGUUACCGUCAAAUCUACAGACGGAAUUUUCUGAACCGCUCCAUAAAAUGUACAUUUCCUCAUAAAUUAAUACUUAAUGCUUCAAGCCGCCCUAAAGAAUGAAAAAUUAUCGGCCCCUCUAUUCCCUCGAUUUUUCGAGAAUUUCGCUAAUUUUGUUAACAACUCCAAUUGAAAAUAUUCCUCGAAAAACAUCAACAGACGUGAGAUUUUCUCUAAAAAUUACUCGAAAUAUUUUCUACUCAAAUUCGGCUGCAUAAAUUGUCUAUCGUCUUCCUUCAUUUUUUUUCUCAUUCGGCCAUUGAAAAAUAAAUAAAUAAAAUUUGAAAUCCUCUACGGAGACCAUCCAUUACCUUUCGUCUGUCAAAUACUCGUAUUCGCCAUGCCCCUAGAUGGAAUAAUUCGCAGAAAAACCACAGAAUAUUCAAUAGAAAUUGUUUCUCCCACAUUUCUUCGUACAUCGCCCUCAGAAAAUUCACGAAUGAAACUUUUUCAAGCGCUCUAAAAUGCACAUUUCCUCGUAAAACAAUACUCCCCAGUGACUAAAACCCGAAGAACGAAAUAUCCAACUCAUCUCGAUAUUUCUUUUCAUACCUCAAGAGAGAAAAAAAAUACUAUCAGACAGUGUACAUCUCCAUUCCACAAUUUGCCUAGAUGUUAAAUAUGCCUAUAGGUGUGUUCCGUUUUUACAGCGCGAAUAUCUACUUUAAGACACGAAGAUAAUCGCUGAUUCCGUUGACUGACUAACUGUAUAUAUUACAAAAAAAUCUUUAUCGUUGUAUCGAUUCAUCUCAUACUGAUAUUUUUAGUGGGAAGAUGUGCCUAUAGGUGUAUAUUCGCUCAAGAGCAUAUUUAAUAGACAUUUCAUAUCAAACUCGGAAGAGAGAGAGAGAGAGAAAGAGAAAAAAAUUUUCUAUAAAACGAAUUUCGAAUAUUUGAAUAUUAAGAAUUUCAUAUAUUAAUAUUUAAAUCGUCAUCGAUGGAACGUUAGUACAAUUUCUACGGAAUGCUCGACAAGUAUUACUUCUCUUAUUUUAUUUGCGUUAUUGUCAUACAUUAGAAAACAAAUUUAUUACUCGGGUAAAUAACCCAGUGAUUAUGGCUUUUCUUUUGUACUCCACACCUCCCCCCCCCCCUCUCGGGCAAUAUCUUUCCAUCAUCAGCACCUGUUUCUUCCUUCAAAUGAAUUUGAUGAUGCAUUGGGGGGAUAAAGGAAUCGUAGAUUUUUCUCACUGUCAUGCGCACGUGUCACGAUGUGACGUGACACUGAGAGAAUUGUCAAUGUCCUUGUACCUCGUACAUCGAUGAGAGUGAAAAUAGUCUAGUACUGGGUGAGAACAUGAUAAGUAGCCCAUCGAAUAUGCCAAGAGAAGACAGGUUCACCGAUGAGAAAAGAUCAUUGUUAUUGAUGGGUGACAUUCAUUAUUGUACAACACAUGUAUUAUGUACAUCAUUUUAUCAUGAGGUCAAUGUCACUGUUGGAUAGGUCGGAAUAAUUCUCCAUAUUUGUAAAAUGCUGCGGUAGUUCUGUAUUAAUUCAGUUGUGGUUAACCGAGAUGUAAUGCAUGGGAAAUGCUCGGUUUUAACGUUGUGAUUAGGAGGAAACUGAAAUUAAUAUUUAUCAGCGGAUUAUUUGGAUUUGUUGUGGGCACCGGCGGAAGAGGUGGUUUAGAAGAAUUUUAGGGCGUAGAAUUUUUAAUGAGUAACAUUGUUAUCGGUUGAAAAAUUUGCAUUUCCAUUUGGAAUUUUAGGGAGAGAAGGUGGUGGAUUUUAUUUAUAUGCCUCGAACUUUUUUGAAUCUCUCAAAUCCUCCAGAAUUUCUCCGGAGAAACUCUGCGAGUUUUUUAAAAAACAAUAUUUUAGUGCGCAAUAACAGGAAGUUCCACGAAAAAUUGGACAUUUUGUUCUGACUUUUAAAGCCUUGAAAACCUUCUAAGCUGAAUCUAUCGCUGACGAAAACUGUCUCAGUUUCAAAUCCGUAUGAUUUUUUACUAUGGUAAUUAUUCCGCACUACCUUCGUGCUAUUUAUGCCGUUCCACUCCGUAUUCUCUCAAAAAAAAACCGAAAAUUAAUGUAAAAUUCGUCGAUACAUCUGCAAUUACUGUUAAAAUUGAGAAAACACAUGAAAAAAGGUGAAAUAGACAAGUCGAAGCUAUUUAUUUAUACUUUUUUAUGAAAUUAAAUGAUAUUGAAUGAAUCUCAAUACACAAAAACGCUUUCACAUUUUAUUAAGUUACUAUUGACGUUUUGGUUGACAAAUCGUUUUUUCUCUAUUUAUUUUUUUUAACGAAGAAAAAUCUCCACCAGUUUAUGGUGAACAAGUGGUCCAUGCACUAAACGUAUACGCGGAUACUUAUAUUAGGAUUAAUUAGAAUUAAAUAAAUCGAGCAGCAGAGAACAAAAUACCGUUGAUGAGAAUGUAAAAAUAAUCACAACUCUACCAUUGAAGUAUUUCAUUUUCAUAAUUUUAUCAAAAUCAUGACAGUUUCAUGUAAAUAAAAAUGCAGACAUUAUUUUUUGCCCAUGAAAGAUCGAUAUGUACAAACAGUAUUGAAAAGUGAAGGGAAGAUAUUGAAGAAAUGGAAAAAAAACAUGGAAAAUAAAUGAAUCGCAAACUCGAA